UCGCUUUCCAUUCUUCAAAGUCUCAUUAUUACUAUUAGACCCUCCGAUAAGUUCCAAUCUUUUUCGGUCUUUUCUCCACCGCACUGAAACCCGUCUUCAUUUGAUCCGGUGAGAGAGAGUUCCCCUUUGGUUGCGUGAAUCUUCAGAAAAGGGUUGUCCUUGUAAUAUAAUAGUUUGUGAAUUGGAGUUUGUGUUUAUAGCAAGAGAAUGGAUGAGUCAAAAAACAGGCAUAAUGAUAAUUUGGGUGUGAACAAAAUGGGGAAAAACAUUAGGAAGAGCCCAUUACACCAGCCCAAUUAUGGCAACAACAACAACAGCAGCAUGAAUGGGGGUAGACAGCAACAGCAACAGCCUCAGCCUCAGGUUUACAACAUAAGCAAGAAUGAUUUCAGGGAUAUUGUUCAGCAGCUUACAGGGUCUCCCUCUCAGUCUCAGGAUCAUCCUCAAUCCAAACCUCCUCAGAAUCAGAACAAUUCCCCAAAACCUCAAAGUAUGAGGUUGCAGAAAAUUAGGCCUCCCCCUUUGCCCUAUGUGAGGCCUCCAUUGCACACCACCUUGCCAGCAGCUAGACCUGCUCACUUUAGACAACAACCAUCACCAAACCCUAAUAAUAUAGCUGAGUCACCAAUCUCUGCCUACAUGAGAUACCUUGAACAUUCAAUUACAGAUCCCACUUCAAGGGGUGCCCAAUUUCAACCCCAUCAUCAUCCAGCUUCUUCUGCUUUGCUUCCUAACCCUCCUAUGUUGCCUUUGAAUGCCACAAACCCUCUUCCUCCUCCUCCUGCUAUAGCUGCUGUUCCUUCUCCACAACCAAAUGGACCUCCUAUUUUACCUUUACCUUCUCCAACCUCUCAGUUUCUCUUGCCUUCACCAAACGGCUACAUGAGUUUCCUCUCCCCCCAGUAUGGUUAUCCACCACUGUUGUCCCCUGGCUUUCAGUUUCCAUCUCCUUUUUCUCCCAAUUUUCCUUUCUCACCAUUUGCACAGUCAGGGAUUUUAGGCCCUGGACCACAGCCUCCGCUUUCCCCGGGACUGUUUCCUUUGUCUCCUUCAGGCUUUUUCCCCAUCACAAGUCCCAGGAGGUGAGUUCAUCAAUAAAUAACCUUCUCAUUUUUAGCCUCAUGCUUCAUUGGAGAUCAUGCUCCCCACUAACUAAACUGAUCUUUGAUCUCACAAUCACAAAAGCUUUGUUCAUUGGCAUGUAAAGUAGAAGCAAGUUGUAAGAUUGUAAGGUGUAUUUUUUUACUGUUCAAUUUCUUCAUUUCCUGUAACUUUCUUUUUUCCUUUUGCUGAUGACCAUAAUGGCUGCAAUCCUUUUACUUUUACAAGUUUUAUACAUUAGCGUUAUAUUUAAGAUCAGGAACUCAAUUGGAUGGUUGGGCAGGAGCUGUAAGAUGGAUGAAUGGAGUGUAACAUGAAAAGAAGAACUGAAGUAGGUUACAGACAAUAUUUGUUAUGUAGGAUAGGUGAUGUUCUUUUGUAAUAUAAUGGAUUGCAUGUUAAAAUGCAUAGUUAGUUUCCAAGUGAUUUGCAAUUUAUAAAGAUAUCUGCUUCUUCAACAUUUA